AAUCCAGAAGAAGAGUCGGGCGGUUGCACCAAGAUAGAUUGGAAGUUGAAGGAUGCGUGUAUGAUCUCAUCUAAAUCUAUUCUAUUAUUGGGUGUAUAAAAUGUAUCUUAUUCUAAUAUUAUCCCAAUGCCGAUAAUUUAGGACAACCAACAACGAUUCCCUUUAUAAGUAGUUUGUUUUAUAGUUACGGUUAAUUUUGUUUGUUGAAUCCGUAGAGCGGUUUUGGAUUAUCCGAAACCGCUCUACUGAUCAAUAAUAAAUAAAUAAAUCCUCCUCUACGGUGGUGGUGGUGGCGGCGGCUGUGGGUGUGAAGAUUGAAGAUUGAAGAUAAUGAAAAUGGGUGGAUGGGUGAAGGGUAAAGUGGUUGGAAGUGGAUCUUUUGGCAGUGUCCAUUUAGCAAUAAACAAAUCCAACGGUGGACUUUUCGUUGUGAAAUCAGCAAAUUCAGAGGCAGGACGUCAUGCUCUUCAUAACGAGUUCAAUAUCCUUAAUACUUUAAAUUAUUCUCCCUAUAUUGUCCAAUGUUUAGGGACAGAGUACCAACACCAAGGUGCUAUCAACAACGUUUUCAUGGAGUAUAUGUCAGGUGGUAGUUUGGCUGACGUGGCACACAACUUUGGCGGUUCAUUAGAUGAACAACUUGUACGUUUGUAUACUAAGCAUAUCCUCCUUGGAUUAAAUCAUCUUCAUCAACAUGGAAUUGUUCAUUGUGAUCUUAAGUGCAAAAAUGUUCUUUUGGCCUCAUCUGGGAACGUCAAACUGGCAGAUUUUGGUUGUGCUAGAAGGAUUAAAUCAUCGUCGUCGUCGUCGUCAUCAUCAUGUUGUGGCACUCCUCUAUGGAUGGCUCCCGAGGUGUUAUUAUUGCACAACAAUACUAAUGAGAAGCUGGAUUUGGAUCUUGCAGCAGCAGAUAUAUGGUCUUUGGGAUGUACUGUUAUUGAAAUGGCUACUGGUAGACCUCCUUGGAUUGAUCAUCUUCAUGACUCUUCUACUUCAAAUCCAAUGGCUGCUUUGUUUAAGAUUGCCCGUGGUAAUGCCAUACCUCAAUUUCCACUUCAUUUCUCUAAGGAGGGUAUUGAUUUCUUGAGCAGGUGUUUGGAGAGAGAUCCCAAUAAGAGAUGAUAAAAUAUUACAACAAAGUCCUACAAGGUUGAAUCAUUUCCACAUCACAAAUCAGUUUCUUUGCUCACAACUAGGAACAACAAUAUGGCAACUGGAAGAUCGUGCAUCAGGGAAUCAUUGGAUCACUAUUAGAUCAAGGUCAUAAAUCAAGUAGGAGGUCCAGGCCUCAUUUAGAUAUCAUAGACAAAUAUAUAGGAUUCUAUACAACUUUCAGUAGGACACAAAUAUAUAGCUUUGUCAAAGUUUUACUGUCUUUUCCUUUUAGGAAUGGUGUCUUCAGUAUUGCCAAUUUUUCUAAUUAAAGGGUUGAAUCAAAUCAUGCCAGCAGACCCUCUAAUUCCUCUAUA